AUGAAUCAGGUCAAUCCAAGAGUGGGUGUGCAAUGGGAAGUGCCAGAGUCUGGGUGGAGCAAGGUAAACUUUGAUGGUGCUUCUGCAGGAAAUCCGGGUCAAAGUGGUAUUAGUUGUAUUUUGAGGGAUUCCGAUGGUAUCUGUAUAAAAGAAAUCUCUGAAAAGAUUGGAGUUGCUACUAACAAUGAAGCUGAAUUCAGAGCAGCUUUAAGAGGUCUUCAGUCAGGGAAGGAGCUUGGGGUGCAGAGAAUUCAUCUGGAGGGAGACUCAUUAAAUGUGGUUAUUGCGAUCCGUUGUAAUAACAUCCCUAGUUGGCGCCAGUGGCUUCAACCGAUUCUGGUGUUGUUAGCCACCUUUGAUGAAUUUCAGUGGAUAGAUCGACCGAUUGACUUGCUAUCAUGUUAA